AUGGGAAACUACAAGAAGUCGAAAAACUACCAACCCAACAAGCGCGCGAGCGCGCGCGUUCCCGGCUUCGCUCCCGGCGUCGUCACCGGCGACGCCGCGGUCAAGGCUUUGGGCACCAUUCUGAACGGCGUGCGGCUCGGUGACAUUCCGCCCGAGCGCGUCUUUUACGCGAAGCUCGACGAGCUGAAGAUGCCCGCGAACGUCCAAGCACGCGAGGAAGGUUCCGGGGACACGGAGGAUCCGCGAAUCGCGACGAUGACGAACGUGCGCAACGGGUCGUGGGACGUGGACGUGGACGCGAACCACUCCGGGACGACGCACUUUUCAAAACGCGUCCUACGCGGCUUGACGACGCCGAUGCCGCGCGCGAAAGAUUGUGGGGACCGAUGUACUCCGAGUGUAGGAGUCGUGCUCGACCGCAUGAAGACGAUUUUCGGUGCGUGGAUGGAUUACGGGACGUGGUGCAACAGGGAAGCGGUGACGCAGGCCGAACUGGGACGAUACGAGACCGCGCUGUGGCUCGCGCUCGAGUGCGACGCGUGCGCACAGAGCCCAUUCAUGUUGACCAACGUCGUUCAAUCGUACACGAAGAAGCGUUUGAGGAUGUCGGAUGAUCCACGCAAGAAGGAUGAAGCCGCUCGCGUGCUCCUGGAGGACGGCGUGUGGUCCACGUUAUGCGACAAAGCUUUGACAACGCCGGCGAUGAAGGAACGUUUUGAAGAUAUCAAAGCAAUGCGAGCGGAGCUAGCCACAGCUCCGGCAGGUAUCCACGAGUACACGCCGCAGCAGCUCGUUAACAUGGGUAUUCCUCCGCGGCAAGUUAUGGAGCUCUACGAGUUACUUGACGUCGUCGAUUACUUCGAUCACUUCGUAGAGAGCCACGUCCGAGCGUCCGUCGAAAAAGGCAUUUGCGAAGUGCACGCGGAGAAGGAAGGUCUCGGGACUUUCGACAAACCGUGGAGCACGAUCCAACUCAGCAAAGACUCGGAGACAGUGGUGCGCACGCUUCGCGAGAUAGCUCGCGAGCACAGUUCGCUCUUCUGCGUCGACGUCGUCGACCGCACCGACGACUCGGCGUCAUUACCGAGCGUUCGUCGUCGUCGAUGCCAAACGUGA